AAGAAGAAGAAGAAGAAGAAGAAGAAGAAGAAGAAGAAGAAGAAGAAGAAGAAGAAGAAGAAGAAGAAGAAGAAGAAGAAGAAGAAGAAGAAGAAGAAGAAGAAGAAGAAGAAGAAGAAGAAUGGGUUUGUCUCACAGCUCCAGUGCCCCUCAGGUGAUCCUGAUGGGUUUGGACUCUGCAGGUAAAUCCACUCUGUUGGCCCGGCUGCUGACCGGAAAGGUGAUGGACACGUCUCCCACCAUCGGCUUCAACGUGGGGACUCUGGAUCUGGACAAGAAGACGUCUCUCAUCAUCUGGGACGUGGGGGGGCAGAAAAGCAUGAGAGCCAACUGGAGGUUCUACCUGGAGGACUGCCGGGCCCUGGUCUUCGUCGUGGACAGCAGCGACCCGGCUCGACUGCCUGAGGCCCAAAAGGUCCUGAAGAAGGUUCUGAGUGAGGAGAUCCUCAGAGACGUUCCUCUCAUGGUUCUGGCCAACAAGAAGGACCGGCCCAACUCCAUGACCAUCAGGGAGGUCUCUCAGCAGCUGGACCUGGCUCAGUACGUGGACCGGCUGUGGGAGAUCCAGGCCUGCAGCGCUGUGCAGGGUCUGGGCCUCCAGCAGGCCUUCCUGUCCGUGCACAAGCUCAUCAAGAAGACCUGAAGACCUGGAGACCAGAAGACCACAUCAAGAAGACCUGAAGACCUGGACACCUGGAGACCUGCAAAGACCUGAACACCUGGAGACCUGAAGACCACAUCAAGAAGACCUGCACACCUGAAGACCUGAAGACCACAUCAAGAAGACCUGAACACCUGGAGACCUGAAGACCACAUCAAGAAGACCUGAACACCUGGAGACCUGAAGACCACAUCAAGAAGACCUGAACACCUGAAGACCUGAAGACCUGGGGCCUCAUUUAUAAAUGGUGCUCAAAAGAUGGCGUACGCCAGUUUCUACGCAAUGCUUGUGAUUUAUAAAAUACUAACUUGAGGGGAAAACGUGCGGUCCUCCACGUAAACUCUAACCCAUGCGUACGCACUAAGCACAGAGACGGGAGAGACGAGAAACCGCGAGCCCAUUGGCAGAAGGAAGGAUGGAGAGAAAUAAUACCAUGAAUAAAAUGUUACCUCUCAUUUAUCAUUUAUGAAGAAUUCUUUUCAAACAUUGAUUAAAGCCAAUCUUAAAAAGAUGAAACAAACGCCUGUUUGAGACUCCUCACACACAUUGGAGAAAUACAUAAAUAUGGAAAUGUUAUUGAUCACCCCUCGAUGAUGUUCUGCUUUUUAUUUAAAUAAAAUAAAUAAUAUUUCACAUCAAAAGAAA